UUUCGUCUAUUUGUUCAUUUAUUUAUUUUGAAAUUACGCUGUGAUUCUCCACAUUUAUCUAAUUUUAAAUAAAAUGUCUCUCAACAGAGAAGGAGGGUGGAUGAAAAGAAUCGUUAGGAGAACUGGGCAAAAUGCUUUGCAGUUAAACAACCAUUUCUCUUUACAUCCUAUAUUCAAAUUCUGCUGAAGUUUGCUUUUUUUUCUCUCAUCCUUUCGAAGUUAAUAACAUAAAGUAGCAGUCCAGUAUUAGAAUUCAUAUAGUAUUUCCUGAAUAUCUCCAACAUCCUAAGACCAACAGAAUUCCCUGAUUAGGUUUGAGGAGGAAGGGGGUAGGAACUUUUGAAUAUAGACACAUUUACACCGCUUUCACCGACUUCUUUGUUAUUGCUAUUUAUUAAUUGUGGCAUUUACUGGAAAAUUUGAUUAUUUGUAAUUCCAUAAAAGUGCAAAAUGGUAAUUACUAUCCCAGAGACAGGAAGAGGAGAAGGAGAAGACUUCUGCUAACAUUGAUUCUGGUGAUAGUUCUCAUCAUCAUCAUCAUCAUCAUUUAACAUCCGCUUUCCAUGCUAGCAUGGGUUGGACAAUUUGACUGAGGACUGGUGACACCAGAUGGCAACACCAGGCUCCAAUCUGAUUUGGCAGAGUUUCUACAGAUGGAUGCCCUUCCUAACGCCGUUGUUUAAAACUGCCUGCCCAUCACCAUUAAACAAUACUUAUCUGUUUUACUAACUUUUUAAAGCAAAAGUCAUGUACAAAACAUUUUUACAAUAUGAUUCCUCCCACCCACUGAGAGAUUUCUCUGUCUAAUUAGGGAAUCAUUUGUAAAGUAACACUUAUAACUUUCCAGAUUCCAUUCAGUAAGUAAUAUUUUCUCCCAACACUCGCUCUCUCACUUGUUCAUCAAAUUUUGCUUCAUCCUCUUGGAUGAAGCCCAACCCUGUUGUUCUCGAUGAAGAUGAAGAAGAUUCCUCGCUGUGAUAUCUGUGGAAAGUCAUUCAGCCGUCGUGACAACUUGGAGAGGCACAAGGCUGCACACCUGUCCAGACCAGUUUACUACUGCGAUGUCUGCCAAAAAGGAUUCUCACGCAAGUCUUAUUUGAAGGUGCAUGGUCGAUCACACACUGGUGAGAAGCCAUAUGUCUGUGGGAUUUGCAGCUGUGCAUUUGCACGUGAUGACCACUUGAUGCGGCAUCGUCGUAAGCAGCAUACAGACAAAAUAUUCAGCCACAUUAUUUCUUCUGUUGCCAGUGUCAUGCCAGUCUCUACAAGCAAUGAUGUAAACAAUGUCACCACCACCACUACUACCACUACCACUGCCAACAACAACAGUAGUAGUAGUAGUAGUAGUAGUAGUACCCGCAGCAAUAUUUCAAGUCAGGUUUCAGAAGUCCUUAGUGAACAACAGAAACAGCAACAAAAAACCUGUCAAAGCUCCUUACAACAACCACCAAGUGAACGUUGCAUUAUUUCUAAUGCAUUUCCUGUGUUGUCAGGUGAAAAUCAGGUAAACUACAUCUGUGCAAUAAAAGAAGAUGAAGAUACAAAAAAAUUAACAACAUCUGAUCUGUUGCAGAUUCAGCAAGAAUUGCAACAGCAUCAACAACAACAACAACUACUUCUUCAACAGCAAUUGCAGCAACAGUCUGAGCUGCAACAGUAUCAGCCCCAUCUUGUGUUAAAACAGGACAUUGAUGAUGAAGAAGCUGUUGCUGCUGCUGCAACUGUUGUACCAACUGCAUCAGCUGUUGUACCACAUGCAGCAGCAGCUGUAGUGCCGUCUGGUGUGGAGUUGUCAACAGAUGUAGACAACAGUGUGCAAGCUUUUACUACAGAUGGCACCAAUGUAAUGAACAUUGUAAAAAUACUUCCUGCAGUUGUUGCAACAUCUUGUAGUGGCUGCUACCUUGACACCAGUGCAAUAGACAGUUCAAACAUUUGCUGGAAACAAGAAGACAACUGUCCUGGAAUCAUCACCACUUAUGCCCUACCAAUCAGCAGCACAAAGCCACCUCAGAAAAGUGUCAACUGCAAUGCAGUUCCAUUUCACUGCUCUGUUUGCAGCAAAACUUUUUCCCGGCGUGACAAUCUUGAACGACACAAACUGUGUCACCAAGAAGGUGCCAGUAAACAGUACAGUUGUGAAAUAUGCGAUAAGGCAUUCUCUCGGAAGUCUUACCUUAAAGUUCAUGCCCGAAUCCACUCCGGUGAACGACCUUACCAGUGCAAUCUGUGUGGGUUUGCCUUUUCUCGUUAUGACCACCUUCUUAAACACAAAACACCUACAAAGGGCCGAAGGAAGCUGAGCUGUGUGCCACGUGCUGAUGUUAUGGCAGAAGUUGUGAACAAUACAACAGAAGAUGCUCCAGCAACAGGGGCUACUGUCACUGAGGUGCAUUUUCAAAACGAUCUACAGCAAAUACAACUGACACAACAACAAGUGCAACAUCAUCAACAACAACAGACAACACAAUCCAACAUAAUUCAAGAUGCAAGCACUGCUUCAGGACUAACAGCCAUUGAUUCACAAGCACAGCUAACAGAAGGCCAAGCAGUAUUUCACACCAAUGCAGGCACUGCUACUGCUGUGAUCCCACAGCAGGCAACACUCGGUGCACACACAGUCACACUUCCUAACACACCCAUCACACAGAUUUUUCAUACAAUCCAAAUGUCUUCAACUGCUCAACUUUUCCCCACUUUACAAAUGGCUCCAGCAACACAUUUAUUUACAAACAAUCCUCAGUUAGCAAACACAACACGAAUAUUCACAAACAAAUAAUUAAUUUAAUUCAAUAAUAAAAUCAAAAUUUUUUAAAAAAAGAAUGACAAUUUCUCUAGCAAAAAGAUUUCAUACUUUCUUUUUUUUUUAAUUCUUCUUUAUGAAAUCACAGGGAAAGUUUUUUUUCUUUUUCAUCUGUUUAUGAGGAGUGAAGGUAUGCAGCCUAGUGAUUAAGGUUUUGCACUCAUGAACACAACAUCGUGGUUUCAAUUACUAGACCAGUUAGUGUGUUGUGUUUUUGAGCAAGUCACUUCAUUUCAUGUUGCUCCAGUCCACUCAGCUGCAAAUGAGUAACUGGCAUUUUGUUCAAGAAGUGUGUUGUGAUCUCAGUCACUGGUAUCUAUCUUUUACCUUAGAUUGGUAUUUUAUUUAUUUAUCCCAGAAGUAUGAAA